AUUAACAGAAUUGUCUUUUUCCCGCAGACUCUCCUCCAUGAAAUGAUUCACGCCCUUCUGUUUGUGACCCAGAACAACAAAGACAGAGACGGUCACGGUCCUGAGUUCUGCAAACACAUGAACCGGAUCAACACAGCCAGUGGAACAAACAUCACUGUCUACCACAGCUUUCACGAUGAGGUGGAUGUUUACAGGCAGCACUGGUGGCGAUGUGACGGCCCCUGCCAGACCCGCAAACCCUUUUUUGGCUAUGUAAAAAGGGCUAUGAACAGAGCUCCAUCUUCUUUGGAUUUUUGGUGGGCCGACCAUCAAAGGACAUGUGGUGGGACUUACACCAAGAUCAAGGAACCGGAAGGAUACGGCAAAAAAGGCAAGAAGGAUGGAAAAAAGAACGGGAAGACAACAGAUAAAGAAACAGCUGGAACUGAGAAGCCUUCGAGUUCUAGUGCAGGAUUGAAGUCACAGGAUAUACGGAACAUUAUCCCAUUUAGUGGCAAAGGUUUUCUACUGGGAGGACAGUCACAGUCCUCUACGCCUUCCCUUCAAAACCCAGCUGUGCCUGUCAUGAAAGUUUCAUCACCUAUCCCAAACUCUCCCCUCAAGAAACCCCUCCCAUCUCCAUCUAAAACUCUGUCUACUCCCGUACACUAUAACCAUGACAACUCAGGGUCAUCUAUCGGGCCGAGAGCCCACACUGGACCUCCCAAGCCUCCUGUAAAGAGGUCUGUCAGCAAUACUAGAGUUUUUGUCAACAUCAAUGGUUCGCCGGUACGAAUCUCUAAACCGCACAGGAGCAGCAGUAGCAAGGGAGCAGAGAAAAUACGGCAGAAGUCAAUUCAAGACCUUUUCAACAGCACUGGUGCUGUCGAAAAGUCCACCUCCGGUUCAGCGACAUCACCAAAACCACAGAGUUCUACCUCAUCCUGCACAUCCAAAACUGAUCCAAGUACUUCCCAGUAUCCUCCUGUCGUCACGAGCAAAGCCAGCAACGAGAGGCCGACAGAGUCAAAGUAUUUUGGCAGUAACAGUACACCAGGAGCUGUCAGUGGAGGUCAGACCUCCAGGAAGAGGUCAUGGGACGAUCGCAGCGGCAGCUCCGCCUCCAUCUUUGACCUUUUCCAAAGAACACCGAGCGCUGAAUCAGCAGCAGCCAGGGAGUCGAUGAAGGCUAAAUCACCUGCAGCGCAGCAGAGAACUGCU